UGAGUAAGUAAGUGGUAACGAGGCAAGUAAAACAGGAUAGAACCUACUGUCAAAACAACGAUCUUUGGAUACGAAACUGGAUUAUAUUUAUCAAAUCCAGCUUAUUUUACAAAUUAUAGCGUGAAGAGUGUAUUCAUUUUCAAAUAAUGGGUCAAAAUCAAUCUGGAACAGGUGGAUCAAAUCAAAAUAAAAAAGACGAUAAGGAUAAAAAGAAAAAAUACGAACCUCCAAUUCCUACUAGAGUUGGUAAAAAAGCUAAGAAAAAAAAUAGAGGCCCAGAUACUGCAAACAAAUUACCUCAAGUCACUCCUCAUAGAAAUUGCAGAUUAAAACUACUGAAAUUAGAACGUAUCAAAGAUUUUCUUUUAAUGGAGGAAGAAUAUAUUCAAAAUCAGGAAAGAUUAAAGCCACAGGAAGAAAAACAUGAGGAAGAACGUAGUAAAGUUGAUGACUUACGAGGUACACCAAUGUCUGUUGGUUCUUUAGAAGAAAUUAUUGAUGACAAUCAUGCUAUUGUGUCAACAUCUGUGGGUUCAGAACAUUAUGUAAACAUCUUAUCUUUUGUUGAUAAAGAUUUACUGGAACCAGGAUGCUCUGUUCUUCUCAAUCACAAGGUACAUGCUGUUGUUGGAGUUCUAGGUGAAGAUACAGAUCCUAUGGUUAGUGUCAUGAAACUUGAAAAAGCUCCUACAGAAACAUAUGCUGAUAUUGGUGGAUUAGAUACACAAAUACAAGAGAUAAAGGAAUCAGUUGAGUUGCCUUUAACACACCCUGAGCUUUAUGAAGAGAUGGGAAUCAAGCCCCCUAAAGGAGUAAUAUUGUAUGGAGAGCCUGGAACAGGUAAAACACUGCUUGCUAAAGCUGUAGCAAAUCAAACGUCAGCAACAUUUUUGCGUGUGGUUGGUUCAGAGUUAAUUCAAAAAUACCUUGGUGAUGGACCAAAACUUGUAAGAGAGCUGUUUCGAGUAGCAGAAGAACACUCACCAUCUAUUGUUUUCAUUGAUGAAAUAGAUGCUGUAGGAACCAAAAGGUAUGAUUCAAACUCAGGAGGCGAACGCGAGAUUCAGCGAACAAUGUUAGAACUUCUUAAUCAGUUAGAUGGGUUUGAUUCAAGAGGAGAUGUUAAGGUAAUUAUGGCUACCAAUAGAAUAGAUUCACUUGAUCCAGCUCUCAUUCGUCCCGGACGAAUUGAUAGAAAGAUAGAGUUUCCACUUCCUGAUCAAAAGACUAAGCGACGCAUAUUUAAUAUUCACACAGGGCGAAUGACUUUAGCUGAUGACGUUGAUUUAGAAGAGUAUAUAGUAGCCAAAGAUGAUUUAUCUGGUGCUGAUAUUAAGGCUAUAUGUACUGAAGCUGGCUUACUGGCUCUAAGGGAAAGAAGAAUGAAAGUUACAAAUGAGGACUUUAAGAAAGCAAAAGAAAAUGUUUUAUAUCGUAAACAAGAAGGGACACCUGAAGGAUUAUAUCUUUAAAUAUAUACUUUUUGAUCUAUGUAAAUGAAAGAUUGUUAUUUAAUCUAUGUAAUAGAGAUUAAAAAAAAUUUGGCUUUGUUUUAUUAA